UACCAUCUGGUUGCUGAUAUAACCUCCUUGCCCACUGUGCUUGGGCUCAGGAGCUUGGCGCGCCAUCCUUGUCACUGGUUGGACAAUCUCAGCACUUUGAAGACAACCUACUAUUGCUUCUGCAUCACCCUCUUCAUCUCUUUGUCCCCUGGGUGUGGACUCAGCUGCACCAUGAGGACCUUCGUAGCCCUGCUUCCUCUGCUCCUCAUACUUCACACCGAGGGAAGUGGGCACGGCUGGACGUACCCAGAGAAUGAAUGGUCUGAGCAGUAUCCAACUUGUGGAGGAAAGAGGCAGUCCCCCAUCGACAUCCAGACAAAGAGAGUAUUGGAGAACAAGACUCUGGGGCCUCUAGAACUGGCUGGCUACGGUCUUCAGGAUGGAGAGUUUCUGCUGAUCAACAAUGGUCAUUCAAUUCAGCUCAGUUUGCCAUCCAGCAUGCAUAUCAUCGGAGGAUUACCCCAGGUCUACACAGCUGCCCAGCUGCACUUUCACUGGGGUGGAGAAUUCCAUGGCUCAGAGCACCUCAUCAAUGGAGUUCAGUUUGACAGUGAGCUACACAUUGUACACUACAAUUCUGAGAAAUAUGGCAGCUUUGAUGAAGCCCAAACCAAGCCUGAUGGUUUAUCUGUGGUCACAGUCCUCAUUCAGGCUAAGAAAGGUCCAGACAAUAUUUAUUACGAGAAGCUUUUUUCCCAUUUGUCUGAGAUCCAAAAUGUAGGGGAGAAUGUAACUCUGAACUCCAUCGACGUUGAGCACAUGUUGCCCCAUGACUUCUCAAAUUUCUACCGAUAUCAAGGCUCAUUGACCACUCCCCCCUGCACUGAGAAUGUCAUAUGGACUGUUUUGGUAGAACCUGCCACCAUUUCUACAGCACAGCUGGAGAAGCUACAGAACUCAAUCAUGAAUAGUAAUCAUCAGAUACUUCAAAAUAACUUCCGGGAGGUUAAGCCCCUCAACCAAAGGAGAGUGGAAGCCAAUUUCUCACCUAAAAAAGGAAAAGGAAAAGAGUCACAGUUCCGGUCCAAGCCCAAGUUCAAGACUGCCAAGAGGUGGCAGUGUAGUGUCAACUGAAACGCAGAAGCCUGGAGACGAGCUGGGUGAAUGGCAAGAAUGUUCUGAAGGUAACAGAGGUGGUGUUCUAAAGAAAAAAAGCCACUCAAGAUACUUUUCUACAGUUCAAAAA